CGCAGAAGAGUUUCAUUCAUUUGCACCGAAACACCGAUUUAUUUCAAGAUCAAAUAUGACAACCGUCGAGAAGCCUGAAAAUGCGCCCGAGCACUGUCCGGGCCCUGAGACCGAAAAUGCAGGAAAAGCCUCGGCUUGUGAAGGCUGCCCAAACCAAAAAAUAUGUGCCACUGCGCCCAAGGGACCUGAUCCAGACAUAAAACUCAUCACGGAAAAGAUGAGCACAGUGAAACAUAAGAUACUUAUUUUAUCGGGUAAAGGAGGAGUUGGUAAAAGCACAUUCACGGCACAACUUGGGUUCGCAUUUGCCGGUGAUGAAUAUAUCCAGGCAUGCCAAAGAUCAUUGCAUUCAGAAGAUAUUCUUUAUCAGAUUAUCAUGGGAUUAGAAGGGGAACAAAUUCAUCAGAGUUUGUCGGGAUGGUCGCCAGUUUAUGUUCAGGAUAAUUUGGGU